AUGGGUGAGAAAGAUGAUGUGUUGGGGUUGGGGUUGAGUUUGAGUUUGACCUUGGGAGGAUGUGGAGUCAAUCACAUGCAGAAGCCCCGACAACGUGUUCCUAUGAAUCAAGAUAGGAGUUCCUCGAAUUAUUUGUUUCAGUUAUCUGAUCGGAGCUCCGAGAUGGGGUCGUUCCUCCGAGGAACCGACGUGAAUUCAGCGCCGCCGUAUACGGCGGCGGAUUGUGACGACGACAACGGUGUUUCCUCACCGAACAGCACGAUAUCGAGCAUCAGUGGCGGCAAGCGGAGCGAGAGAGACGACGACAAUGCCGCCCCUGCAGCGGAGAGGAUGUCGUGUUCGCCGGGGAUUGAAGAAGAGGACGGCGGCGGUGACGCCGGUAGGAAGAAGCUGAGGCUGACGAAGGAACAGUCCACGGUGCUGGAAGAAACGUUCAAGGAGCAUAACACGCUGAAUCCGAAACGAAAGCAAGCAUUGGCAAAGGAGUUGAAUCUGAGACCUAGACAAGUAGAGGUGUGGUUUCAGAACAGAAGAGCGAGGACCAAGUCGAAACAGACUGAAGUGGAUUAUGAAUACUUGAAGAGAUGUUGUGAGAAUCUAACUGAAGAGAAUAGGAGGUUGCAAAAGGAAGUUCAAGAGCUAAGGGGAUUGAAAUUAUCCCCUCAAAUGUACAUGCGUAUGAAACCUCCCACCACUCUUACAAUGUGCCCUUCAUGUGAACGUGUCACUGUCUCAUCUGCAUCAUCAUCAUCAUCUUCUUCUUCUGCCACUCUUCACUCGGUGGUUGCACCAAGUAAUGGUAACCUCUUGGGUCUGAACAUUCGGCAGCCAGUGCCUGUGAACCCUUGGCCAUUUGAAGGCUCAAUUCCUAAGCCAUAA